AGUCGAGAUCAAAUUAAUAAAAAAUGUUUCAAUAACUCCUCUGAAGCAAAAUGCUAAUCUUGAACAAUUUAAAGUUUCUCGCGAGAAUUGUUUCACUGUUGAAGUUGAAAACAGAGAACCGCUGGUUGUAUUACCUAUGGAGAAACGUAUUGCGCAGUGUUGGGUGAGAGGUUUGUCACUGCUGGCUGCGAAUAAAGGUGAGCUUAUUGAGUUAGUACAGUACACUCUAAAAGUUGAGCUUAUUGAGUUAGUACAGUACACUCUAAAAACACUCUGGUUAAAAUUCCUGCUUAAAUUUCCUGUUUAACCUUGAAAUAACCCAAUUUGGGUGAACUUAAUAUUCCUGGUUUAUUUUCCUGGUGAUUUUGACCGAUAGUCUGGUUAAUUUGACCAGCACAUCCUUGUUAAAUUAACCCGACAAUGUUAGGUGGAUCAAUAACGAGGAGCUGGUUAUCCUAACAUAGUCUAGUUAAUUUAACCAGGAAGACCAGAUUCCUGGUUAUAUUACCAGACUAGGAAGUGAGAACCAGGAAGCCAGGAAUAUUAAGUUUGUGUUUUUUCGCAUGUAGUUAUUGUUUUCUAUUAGAAUAUACUUAUUUUUAUUGUGAGAUGUUCCCACCCCUUUUUAUUUAAUUAUUGGUAGACUUUUGAUAUGUGCAUAAACUGAACGAGUCUUUCUGUAUAUUCCCACGCUGAUGCCUUAAGGAAAUUUUGAGGAAAUUCAGACACCACGAGUGACUGAAUUUGUGAGUGGCUUAUUGCCUUAAUACGUUUUGUAAUUAUGUAUAUUUUUCGCCCAAUUAAAUACUGACUAUCUUCUAAACAUUAUUUUUUUUUUCAGCCUCUACGGAUAGAUCACUUUCACCAAAAAGAAAAUAUCCUUUUGACUUUUCCUUAAAAUUGAUGUACUACUAUCUAUGCAGUAUAUACUUGGAAAAGGAGAAAACUAUAGAAUAUCUCUAAUUUGGAACAGUGUAAAUGCUUAUGGGGAAAUCGUCACCAGAACCUUUUUCGUAUUUUUGGGACUUUCAGGACUGCAUAAAGCCGUUUACGAGAAAUAAUUUAACGAGGAUAUGUUUAAGUGUAUAUCAGUAUCAAGCUAUCUGCUCACUAUGUCUUUGGGUGAAUCCGGUGCAUGGCGUUCUUAUCGAGAACAUGCAGUAACUGGCGCAUUCUAAUUAUUAAUCAGCGCUCUUUCCUCCAUUGCAUUUAGAACAAAAUUUUCCUUAAUUACAGUAUUUUACAUGGUUAUUUGACCGCUUCGAUUAUUAUGAUAGAAACAAGAGUGGUCUUAUGGAAUUCAGUGAACUUAUCAAAAUCGUCGCUUCUUUCAACAUUCCAAUGACUAAAGAUAAUCUGAUGAAGAAAUUCCAGGUAAGAUCUUUAUGGCGCAGAUAUUAUGCUAUCGAAUGGGAAAUUUGUGCGUGUUUGUGGAAUGCACUUUUAUUGACCUAUUAUUCUUAAACCUGGAAUGGCCUGUCCCACUCAAAUAGCCCCCGGUUUAAUACAUCCUCAGGACAUUACCAAUCUGCAGCCUCAUUGCCACUUUAAGCCUUUUGGGCAGGCCACUGAUUGAGCAGCACCAUCAACAACGUAACAAGAGCAACAGUAAAGGCGCUGUUCUAAAUGAUUUCAGCAUUGCAUUGCAAGCGAUGUUACACCAAGCAAUAUGUUUCAUGCAACUUGCAAUGAUCAUGGUUAAAAAUAGCAUAAAAACUACGAGUGCUAACGUUUGACGCCAAAUUGUCAGCCAAGAGCCAAUAGGAAGCCAUUCAGUUAGUAAACAUUGUGAGAUAAGUUGCAAGAGGGGUGUUACACUGUGCAAUGUUUUAAUUAUGCGUUGCAGCGUUACCACAAUCGUUGCGAGAGGUAGAACCUGAUUCUACUUUGUGCAAUGCUUGUUGCAACAAAAAUGUUGCGAGACUUGAUAAUUGCGAGGCAUGUUACACCUUCCAAGUUCGCGUGCAACUUGUGUCGCAACAAAAUUCCGAGAAAAGUUGUAUAGUGUAACAGCGCCUAACAACAUCAAGCACUGCGAAAACUACAGUCAAGUAGUUGAGUCAAGUAAUGCCGGACAACAAAACGAAAUACUGCAUCUCAGUGUAGAUACAUGUACGCUUAGCGUACCUAGUUUUGUGUUAUAUAGCUGAGUUUCUAUGUAACAUUUGUGUUUAGGAAUUCAACACAAACGAAGAGGCAGCUGAUAAAAAGCCAGGAUUGGAUAAAACUGAGUUCGCAGCAUUUUUCGAAAGUUUAUCAAAACGACGUGAUAUUGAAGAAACUGUAAUGGCACAAUAUUCUUCUAAUGGAAAUUAUCUUACUUGUCAAGAAUUGCUAUCAUUUCUCAGAAAUUCUCAAGGGGUAAGUUGCAUUACAUCCAGUUCAGUUUAUUUACGUUUGAUGGAUAUAACUCAAAACAACUACACCCCGACCUUUAAGCGCGAAAACACAGCAUCUUAAAUUUUGUAAACGGCCUGACUCUUCCAUAGUUCCCCAAAAUCACUCUGAAAAAACGACACAAUGAUACACGGAUAGGACGCAUUGGUCCAUGGGAAUGCGAUAACGAUCGAGUGACUGGGGACGAAUCUGACGGCAAGAUAUAUAAUGUUCCACGCGUUGCAAUAUGGAAAAUAUACAUCCUUGUACCCAACGGCCUUCAAUAUGGAAAAUAUACAUCCUUGUACCCAACGGACAUUACAUAUCAAAUGCUUGCAGUAGUUGCUUAUGCGCGCAUGCUUGUGAAUUGAUAGCGCUUUCUCAACGCUGGGACGAAAAACAGAAGUAUUACGAAGAAACAGACUUCGUCCCAGUCUCGUGUAAAUGGGCCUAAUUUUCAACGAGUGACCGAGUGAAAAUGGCUCUGGGGACGAGAAUGGGAAAAUAUACAGCUCGCAUAUACUUCAAAUUGAACUUGUCCUUCGGCUUUGUUCAAUUUUAAUAAUCGUUGAUAAUCGUGUGUCGUGCAUGUCUUUCCGAAACCACAUGCUAUUACUAUAUUAAUAGUAAAAAUUACAAUAUUUAUCACGUUAUAGAUAACAGAAGCGACGGAGGAAGAUUGCAAACGAAUUGUUCUGUCCUAUGAAUUGGUCAGUGAAUUGAAAUCUGAAAAUUGUUUUGGAGUUGAUGGUAUUGACUGGUUAUAUUUGUUACGUAAAAAUACGGGCACAGGCAUGCGUUUGGUAAUGAUGCAACACUUCAAUGGCGAUGGGCUGACAGCCCAGAGCUAUUCAAUGAUCUGAUAUUGUAUCACUUGACAGAACACUUAAUACAGUCUUGGACGUGUUUCGCUACAACGAAACCCUUUGGCAUUCUAGAGCUGUGCACACUCCGGUUAUUUUAGCUCCGGCUCCGGCAGUCAAAACUCUGGCUCCGGCAAGGAAAAUUUAAGGAAAUUUCAUAUUUAAAAGUAGAAGCAGGCAAACGUAUUUCAGAAUUUAUUUUAUUCCUUUUUGAGCUUUCUUUUUUACUUAUCAAAUAUACGUUUAUUAUUAUUAUUAUUAGCGCGGUAUUUUCGCCCAAAAUACAUCGGGGUCAGCGAAUUUUUGUAUCAAAAGCAAUAGCAAUACGCUUGCAUAAUUUUCGAAGCCACGAAUCGGAUCGGAGAAAGUAAUUAAUUUGCAAGAAUUGCAUUCAUUUGUACGAAACUACAGAGAAACAAAAUAACAUGCCCGUUAUUAUUGCAGGUUGCCGUAAACUACAUGGCCGUUAUUUAGAACAGGUUUUCUUGGUUAAAACCACGUGCAUUGUUUACGCACAAUAGGGCUAACGUAAAAACAUUAACUUAUACUACUACAAUUGCCGUAGUAAUAAUAAUAUACAUGAAAAAAUUACUCAAUUCUGAAGAACAUUGAAAAACUAUGAAACUCAUUAGAAUAACAAUAUAACUCAUUAUCUAUGUUAAUGUUAGUCAACGUUUAUUCAUAAAUCUGGUCCUUCACCGUCACGUGUGUGGAUUUAGCAAAAAUACAAUACACACGUGACGGUGAACGACCAGAUUUAUGAAUAAACGUUGACCAACAUAGACAAUGAGUUAUAUUGUUAUUCUAAUGAAUUUCAUAGCCAUCUUCCCUCCGAUAAGCUAUGUACUGUGUAAAGUUGAAAAUUUGUACUAUAAGUUGUGCCAUUCAGAUGUACUAUAAGUUGUGCCAUUCAGGUAGGAACCGGGGAGGGGGGCACAGGAAGCACGUGUCCCCCCCCCAACCCUUUCAAAGGACCAAAAGUGCCCUCUUUUGUGAUGAAAAAUGCCAUUUUGUACAAAUUAAUGUCGCUGUAAAUACUAAAUUAACAUCAAAGGUGCCCUUUUUGUUUGGAAAUUUCGAAGUUUUUAAAAAAAAAUUUGGUCAAAAACGUGCAAUUUCGGUAUGGUAUGAAGGGGACAUUUUCCUCCCCUCCCUCCCCCCCCCCAUUGCAAACAUUUCCGGGAAAAAUUAUUUAGGUGCCCUUUUCAAUAUCCAAAAGUGCCCCUGGAAGUCGGUGUUCCCCCAAUCUUUUGAUGCUUCCUACGCCCCAGCAAAUGCGUGAAUAAAUGAUUUAUUUCAUGUGUUUCAUGCAUGCAAGUUACCAUGAAUUUGCUUCUGCAUAAUUUCAUGUAUAUUUCAUUGAUAAGUACAGUAAUUAGUUUAUCCUGAUGGUGACUGAAAUAUAGUCGAAAUGUUGCUAAAAAUAAAAUGUCAUCGAUCUUUGGAGUUGCACUUGUUUUGUAUUUUGUGAUAGUAUAGUAUGGUUUGUUGUGUAAUUAGGAAAAAUUUACACUCGUGAGUUUUUCACCAUUCGGAUUUGUGCAAUUUUGAUUGCCAUUAUCACGAACUCACUCGUGCAUGGUUUUUUCCAAAUACACCCUUCCGGAAAGUACGUCAUUUGGCUAUAGGACCUCGUUUUUGUCUGUGUGACAUUACAGUUAUUAAACGCCAACGUCUCAAUCACGAAAACGAGGCUCUAUUGCCAAAGUGACGUACUUUCCGGAAUUUAUUGCACUCUAGCGAGGUUCAGAUUUGACGGCCACUACCGCUGUAGCAUUGAGGGGCCAAGGGGCCAAUCAGAUGCGUUUGAUAUAUAUCCGAUUAACCAAUCAAAUGCAUACUAAUUUAGCUAGCGAGAGGUAGUGGUAUAGUGGAAGUCAUAUCUGAAUCUUUCUACUAUUACCUCAGUCUAAAAAUAAGUAAAAACAGUUUACAUAUUGGGAUCAAGGAAUCAAGGCCAAAGAGAAAUAUUUUUGCGCGGCUAUCUGCAUGUGCCACCACGAGUAUCUGCAUGUGCCACCAAAACAGCAACCGAUCCAACUCUCAUUCACUUAACAACUACAAAACCCGAUACAAACGCUUGUCAUGAGUAUAUUGUGUGAGUAUAUUAUAUCAGUAAUUAUAUUUAUAUAUUGUCAGGUUUUGCUGGAUAUUUGUUGUCAAAAGAAGGCAAUGUAUAUAACGAAAAUCAUGACAUUUAUUAUCAAGAUUUAACACAGCCGCUGUCACACUACUUCAUAUCGUCGUCUCAUAACACGUACGUAUCACUACUUGGUUUUCUACUGCCAAAAUUCAAAAAGCUAUAUAGAACAGAAAUUUGCUUCAUGGACACUGUCGAUUUGUGUAUACGUUUGUUCACGUUUUCAGUGAAUAUGACAUAUAAUGACGUAACCGAACGACUGAACAAUUUGCCUUAUUACAGUAUACAUAAUGAGAUGCAUAUAAGACACUCGAUAGCAAAGUCAGAAGAACUUUAAACACAUUUUUAAGCGUGUAACUAUUGAAUAUAUAUUUUACGACCGUUUAUUUUGAUGAUGGUAGUAUAUUUGCUGGGCUGUCUAUGGAAUUAUUGUAUGUUACAUGAAAUUUUUCAAGGAUGGAAAUUGGAAACCCAUCCCCUCAAGUCUUAUACUUCAUGUGUGAGCAAUAGUACGUAUUUUGUCUCAUUAGAAAGAACUUACUUAUAUUUAAGAGAUAUAUAUUGGAUAUUUUGCUUAAUCCUUGAAAUAUUUUAACUAAAAACAAAUAGUUCUCUGACAACUUGAAUUACUUGUUUGACAUCAUGAACGAUGGUUUUUAUGUCGUCCAAAGCAGGCUGUGCCAUAUAAAACUACUUUGUGAACGAACAACAAAGGAUGGUCAUAUAUAUGUACCAAAAGAUAGCGUUUGACUCAUAUGCGCUGUGGUUGUCAAUAUAAUUUUGAAUAAGCAUGUGACGAACUUGUGACGCUACAUUAAUCCACAAACACAGCUCACUUGUGCUGAUUCCUUGCUCAUGUAUUUCAUCGCAAUUCAUUGUAGAUAUUUAGAAGGUGAUCAACUACGAGGAAAGGCCUCGGUUCAAGCUUACAUAAACGCCUUUAAGAACGGUUGCCGUUGUGUUGAACGUAAGUCUUUUAACUUAAAUGAUUUAUCCUGCUGGACAUAUCUAUCAAUGUCUUCCCUAAGGUAGACCAGUAGGUCCAGUGUUGGUGCACGAGGAAACCGGAGAAUCCGGAUAAAACCUGUAAUGCAUGGUGAGUCAAACUAGUGUUUGCUAGGGAUGGCUUUACUGGGGGCUGCAGGGGGGGUGCGCAUGCAAAUCCAUUUUUUCGAGUUGGAAGGCAAUAUCCUGUCACCAUUGCGACAAUAAUAGCCCUGAAUGCUUCCAGGAGCAAUGUUUCAUCCAUUCUACAGAAUACUGCUGUGCGUAGCUCCAAAUGUUCAUGGACUUGGUGGACGGUCGCACCCCGUAACCAUGAUCAUGGGUCGAUGAGCACCGUCCCCCCCCAUCCACCCCCACCUGAUCUGGCCGGAUUCAUCCCUGGUGUUCGUCGCAUACGCGAUUGAGGUGAAACUAUAAUAAUUAUCAGACAAAUGCAUUUUGCAGGAAUGGAAACCUAGAGAUGAAAGGCACUAAUUACUGUACCACCAACCAUCCCCACAACUCUUCGUUUUAAUACGUUUGAUAUUUCUUACGUUAUCAUGCUGACAAACACACAUAGUAACAAACAUAAUAAAUGAAAACAUAAUCUCCUCCACAACUACAUGAAUGACUUUUUUAUUAUCUGACGUCAUGUUGUACAAGUACACGUAAGUAAGGUCUAGAUACCCUGGCUCUGAGUAUCGUCACUUCUGGGACAAAUGCACAUUGCCCAAUUAAGGACAAAUUGAUUAAAUUUUGGUCAAUUAAAUUUGGAUGAGAAAUUAGGGAAAUUAGAGAUAAGUUUGUCUUGCCUUGACGAGCAGAGUAAACUGAAUGUAUAAUUUUAGCCCAUUGUAUAAUUUAUGCAUGGUACAUAACUUAUAAAAACUAGCAAGCGAAUUCGCUUGCGAAGGUAUGCAGUCACGGAGUGCCCUCUAGUUUUUAUAUUUAAUUGUGUGCAGUCUCCAAAUGGCCUGUAGUUUUAUGUAUUAAUUGAAUAAAAAAUUCUUAAAUUUGAUAAACUUUAUUUAUUUAACCUUGGUAAAUUCAUGUAUUUCCCACUAAAUAACCUUCUCCCUCGAAGUUUUGAUGAUACUUUUCUGCGGGAAACUGAUAUUCACAAUUAUUACACAAGGAAUUUUGAUUUGUACUACGUGCCCUUUUCUAGAACAAAUAUUCGGAAAUUUACAGUUAAUCAUCAAGGACCUAAGUUCUUUAAUUCUCUUAGCCAAGAUAUUCGAAAUGCUUCAACUGCUUCAUGUUUUCAACUUAAACUGAAACAUUAUCUUUUCUGCAUGUAACAGUGAACAUUAUAUUCCAGUAUCUAAUAAUUUACAUCUCAAUUUCUCUCUGUCUGCUCUGCAUUAAUUUUCUUUUCUAUAAUUGUAAGAACAAUUAUGAUUUUAAUUUAUGCCGCUUGUAAUUAUAUUAGCAUCUGUAUAUUCAUGAGUAUGUAAAAAGGAGCCCAAAUUCCAUAAGCUUUUAGUUUCUCUUUGGGCUUCCUUGCCAGUAUACGCUAUUGCAUUGUUUUUAUUCUAUAUGUAAAUCUGGUGAAAUAAAUUGAUUUGACUUGUAUCUUCGUUUCCAGUUGACUGUUGGGAUGGUGAUGAUGGAGAACCAGUGGUCUUUCAUGGUCAUACUUUGGUCAAUAAAAUUCUCUUCAAGGAUAUUGUUCAAGCUAUUCAGGAAUCUGCCUUCACCGCUUCACCGUAUGUUCUAGAUUAACUUGUCUUAAUGAUGUUAGAAUUAGCCGGAAAUCUGAUGAAAUUUUAUUCAAUUUUCAGUUACCCAGUGAUUUUGUCAUUGGAGAAUCAUUGCAGUGUUCCUCAGCAAACAAAGAUGGCGUCCUAUUUAAAAGAUAUUUUAGGCGGUAUCCUUUUACUACUGUAAUAUUGAUUAGAUUCGUGAGUUUUGUCUAUAUAGAGACCUGCAAAAAGCUCAAUGUAAUAGGUUAACUCAACCAAUAAUUAAGUUGAUAAAUUAAUCGAUAAAUUAUCACGGCUUUGCUAGGAUAAAUGAUUAAAUAUCCGUCAAUUGAAUCUCAUACCUUGCGACGUAUCAUUAAAUAAAAACACUUCAACAGCUAUUCAUCAAACUUUAUUCAUUUUCCUUAAUUUUUAUUUCAAAGAUAAACUAUUUUGUAAUUGUGUUGACAGCAGUUUACAAGAUCUUCCCUCGCCAGAAUUCUUUAAAAAUAAGAUCCUCGUCAAGGUACCGCUGGGUUUAAUUUUAAUAAUCGAAUUUCGUAUAGUAGAUUUUAGUUUGUGUUGUUUGCUAAGAUUCUAAAAUGCUGCAUUUUCUCCUUCAAGAAAGUUUAUAAAAAGGCGUUACAUUUAUUUUAUACUAGUCUUGAAAUCCUAGUAUUAUGACUAUAUGGAUCUGAUCAUUUAGGGUAAGAAAUUAAAAGAAUCAGCUGGUAGUGGGGGAGAAGAAGAUGGCUUCAUUUCAGAAGAAGAAGAAGAAGACGAAGCAGUUCGUUUGGAUGAACAGGGAAAUGUUGUCGAAAAUCAAAGUCGAGAAUCAGAACAGGUGAGAGAGGUGGUGCGAGGGUAUAGCCAGAAACGUAAACACCAAUUCGUAAAUACCAGCAAAUGAUCAUGAUUUGGGAUUGCCUUCCUGCAUGUAUACCAAAAAACGGCCAAUGUUCAAAUGUAUAUACCGAUAUUCGAAUGAACAAUGGAAAUUGUUGAUUUUGUUAUCUUAGAGAAAUUAAAUAAGGAUAUACAUGAGUAAUGUUAUGAAAGAUAAUUGUCCUGAAAUAAUGUGCAAAAUAAGUUUAGUUUUUAGACAGCAAUAGUCAGAAUCAGCAACGGAAUUAUACGGCAAAUUAAGGCUUUUUGACAACAUUUAAAUACUCAGCCCUAUGCAAUGUAAAUUAAUUAAUAGGCAACCGUAAUUAAAUAAAUUCAAAUGAAGUGAAUGAAAGGAAAUGAAUCCUAGAGUCUCCGUCUGUAUUAUUAAUUUUCUUUUUAAGGGUGAUAAAAAGUCAAAUGGAAAAAAGAAAGGGAUGAAACUGGCACCAGAACUUUCCAAACUUGUCAACUAUUGCAAAGCAGUUCACUUUUAUGACUUUGGUAAGAGCAAGCAAGAAGGCAAAUGUUUUGAAAUGUCAUCAUUUGGUGAGAGCAAGACGAAGAAAUUCAUCAAAGAAAAACGUUCAGAGUUUAUUGAUUACAACAAGAAACAAUUGAGUCGGAUUUAUCCUGCGGGUAGUCGAGUAGAUUCAAGUAAUUAUAAUCCAUUGAUGGCUUGGAGUGCUGGUUGUCAGAUUGGUAAGACUGUAUUUAAAUAUAUUUAAAAUACUCAUUAAUAAUUCAUAAACCUUGUGGCAAAUCAUGUCAGCCAUAAUAUGUCACGUGGAGUGACUUUAUCACUUUAUAUCGGAUAAAACACUCCUCGUGUUUUAAAUAGUACAUAAUUAAUAAAGACACCUAUAUAUUCAAUGUUAAACAGUCGAUCCAGUGAUCAGAUUAUGUCAUUAACAAUUAUUUUAUUUUUUUGAAAAUACUGUAUCUUUGUUCUUCAUUUACUAGCCCCCGUUAUUCAAUGUCCCAAUUCCUUUUAAUUAUUCUGCAAAGUAACACCAAUUGGGAUUGGCUAGAAGUCCUGUAAACGCAGUCAAACUAUUAAUAGUAAUACUCGCUUUUUAUUACGUUUCAUAAACACCAAUAUAUACUGUACCAGAGUGCUUUUCGAGUAUUCCCAAUCAAUUACACACCUUGCACCAAGAAAAUACCGCAUAUAUAGUAUUUUUGAUUUUCUUGUAAUAUAAUAGCGGUCAUGUUGUCGUUGAUCGACAACUUCAAUCAGUUAAAUGUUUCGACGAAUGGACUAAAAACAAAUGGAGACAAAAUAAAUCAUGAAGUACAUUCACGAUGCCACAUUUCGACGCUCUGGUCUUCACUAGAUGAAAAACUAAAGUGUUGAUUCGUGAUUCAAUUUUUCGGGGGAUCACAUAUUAACAAGAUAGCGAGCUAAAAUAUGUCUGAUAUAUUGUUGCUGCGAACUAUCCUGAAAAUUCAAUUCAUAUAUAUUUUAGAUAUUUCUUUAAGGUAUUCUUCCACCAGCGAGUGAAUAUACGUGAAAACCAUGCAGACCCCUAAUGCAGAAUAAAGAGGAUCAGAUAUUCACGGUACCUAACUUGACAUUCGACCAUUUUUUUUCAGUUGCGUUAAAUUUCCAAACUAGAAGUGCAAUGAUGGAUUUAUAUCUGGGUAAAUUUCGUCAGAAUGGAAACUCAGGUUAUAUUUUGAAACCAGAAUAUAUGAGAUUAGGUUAG